AUGAUGCACCAGUCUGGAUUCCCAAAGUACUUUUGGGUGCACGCACUAGAAAAUGCUGUGUAUGUAAAGAUCAGGGUGUAUUGCAAGGGUGCAGGAUGCACGCCUUAUGAAACCGUCUUUGGGUCAAAACCGGACAUCCAUCACGUGAGAUCGUUUGGUUCAUUAACCUACUGCCAUGUCCCAGUGUCGAAGAAGAGAAAAUUAAAUAUGAACUGCAGAAUGGGUUUUCUGCUAGGCUACCGAGAGGAUGUUGUCGGUUGUCACGUGUAUUUCCCGACGGAACACAAGAAAGGCUUCGUAUCGGACGUGAAGAUCAAUAAAUUAGUCAAAUACAAGGAUCGCUAUGAGAGCUCAUACCCCACAAAGGUCAAGAAAUGGCUGCAUACCGCUUCCCAACUAGCCGAAUAUUACAUUGAAUCAGAGCAGCGCGUAUGCAGUAAUGUUGAGAUGGUCUCGGCUAAAAGCAGCCUAGAUGAGGCUGAUCGAAAUGUAUGGAAUGAUAUGGUAUCGUACAGCGAAGCAGUAAACGACAGCGAAGUGAAUGAGAGAUAUGACGAGAAAUUAACGAGUAUCGAUCGACGUACAUGGGACGACAUACUGCAAAAUAGCCUUCUACCCGAUUACGAAUCGUCUAGUGAAGUACAAGAAGGAGAAACUGCCAUAUCGGAUGUCGAUCAAGAGAAGGAGUUUUCGGUCCAAGUUGCAGAAAGUCUCAGCACAGAAAAUGAACAUGACUCCGAAGACGAUGAAGGAUCUAGGUGUGGAGAAGAUGAUGUCGCAUAUUCAGACAUAGACAACGCAGAGAGUGAUGAAUACGCUGAAGACGAGGUGGCGAAGUCUAGCAUCGCAGAGCAUGAUGGUGACGAAAACGAUGGAGUUGCUAUCGCACGGGCUGACACUAACGAAUUUGACAGCGACGAAGGUGAUUUAGAUGACAUAUUGGAUCGUCACAUUAUCGAAUACGACAUCGGAGAUAGUAAACUUGAUUACGAUUGUAAUGUGGCGGAUAUCGAGUCAGUGGGUCACGUUACGGAUCUGGUCUCAGUCGACGACGCUGGAUAUGAAUCCGGUACAGAUGCAAACAAGUGGGACUAUCUCUUCGACCCAAAUGAUGAACGUGAAGCUUACGACGAUCAAGUUACCGAGCGACAAUUGACAAUCCCAUCAAACUAA